AUGGCUUCCGCAAACUCGUACUUCGUCCCAGGAUUUGGCAUCUCGAGGACUGUAAUUCAGAACGAGAUUCGCUACCACUGUGGCCCUGACGCCAUCGUUAGACCGUACACCUUUCAAGCGCAAAUCGAUGACUUGAAAGAAUCGUCCCGCGAGUACGAAGAAAAACAAUCCCGAAUAUCCAACGAGUCGAGCGUCUUCGUCAACGCACCUAUCCCAAUCAACCAACGGAUACGCCGGCCAUGA